AUGUCAGCGUUGGCGUUGGAAGUAGCCAUUAAUCUCCUUCUUCUUUGGAUUGGGAUUGGGAUUGAAAUUGGUGUGGUUGCAGCUACUACUAGUUUUGGUGGUGGUGAAGAAAUGAAAAUAUUGCCGACGAUAUUGACAACAAGGCAUCCUGCUGCUGAUCCUGCUGGUGCCUUGUUCGGAUUUGGAACAACCCUUGCACUCGUCAAGCACGCUUGCCCCGGCACCAUUGGUUUAUGCAUCUCAAUCAUCAUGUCAACUUUCAAAUUGAACAGUAGUUGCUGCUCUCUCUCUGCUCGAGCCUUGAGUGUUUGA